CGUAUCCUUUAAUGGGAUAAGAUCCUGAACAAUCUACAAAGAACUAGAGAUUUGCUAUAUUAUUUAGAACCCUUGAUUGAAAGAAUAAGACGGAUCGUUAUCAUCUUUUGUUUAUGUUUUCCUCUUCGCGAUAUAACAACACGAUGGAUUGGAAAAGUAAGCAAUACUUACAACAAAAGACUAGAAAAAACAAAACGUCAUCGACUGUGAGGAAAUCCAAAGUACAAGUUGUACAUGUAAAUGUGAACGGCGAUGCUGAUGUACGAACCAAAUCCGGGGAAAUGGCGUCGCACCCAAGACCUCACACAACUGGUGGUGCAGUGAUAAACUCAACAAGUAGAAUCAAGGAGAAUUAUCAAAAUGACAAUGGACACAGAACGCAGAUUAUCAAUGCCAAACAAAACGAGCAACAACGCAAGACGUUCGAUUCUAAACAAAGAGGAUUAAGAAUCAACAAUUAUGUCUGCGAUGAUGGAAACAAUGUCGACACUGGUGGGCAUAACACGGCCACGAGAAGUGGAAUCAAACGCCCACAUGCGGCGAAAACAAAAAUUAAUAUUUUCAAUAAUGAUAAUCAGACACAUGGUAGAUGUUCAACAACAUUACCUAUCAUAACUCACGAUGCGCCGAGUCCCCGGUCUGCAUCUACUGGAAAUACACGGAGAGAUAUGUCACCUUCAACGCAUACACGGAAUAACACGCAUAAAAGCCGAACUCUUGAUAUUCAAAGCAAACUCUCGGGGUCUCGCCAAAGUUUUAGUCAAGGUAGUGAUUCAGGGACUAUUUCCUCCAGGCGUGGAAGCAUAUCAUCAUUGACCUCGUCACGCAGUGCCCCGGAAUACCUUUACGGAGCGACGCAAUGGGAUAUGUUCUCGGAAUCAUUAAAGCAUCUCAAUGAUGACUCCAACCUCUAUAUGAAGAAACCUAAAGUAUCAUUUGACUCCAGUGUUCAUUUCAAAGAUGCUCUAAUAAGUUGGAAAAAGCACACGGCUACUUCCCGCCGUGGCAAAGGGUGGCGUGCAAUAGCAAAGGGUGGGAAAAGCUGGGCAGCCCUAAGUGUACAGUUCAAAAAGAAUGAAGUUCGAGAGGAAAAUAGUGAUAGCGAUUCUGAACACGAGCCUACACCUGCGAGGACAACCGAGAGCCAGAGACGAUGGGGUAUGAUCAGGAGAAACAUUCAGGACAUCCAGUUAGAACGCAGGGCAAAUAAAGCGGUUUUUAACUGGGAUAUGCUGCGCCAGCAUCUAAUGAAUCUGUCCGAUAUGGAAAAGGGAAGACGGGACUUAUAUGAACGUUACCUAGUUUUAAAAGACCCAAUGGCUAACAGCAAAACGCCUCAACGUGACCUUAAGUCUGCGUUGGUAAGAGUAAAGACAUGGAACGAAAAAGAAGUUGAACUGCUGAAAGAUAAAGGCAAACCUAUAGGUGGCGCUGAGAAUAAAGUUUUCAAAAUACCUUUUAGUCAAAACAGACAUGGCAGAAGUUUUUCCAAAUAAUGAGAAUACUUUGCGUAUUUCUUUCCAUUUUUAUGAAUACAUGGUUACAUUUAACUUGCUGUAUAUCCGCAUAUUACAAACAUACUAAUCUAGUAUUUCAUUUUAUCUUGAAUAACACAUAAACACGUAAUACGCCUACGUUUGUGUAUUUACAAUCCAUUAAACUUUGUAAUAAUAUGUUUUAUUGGAAAGGCAUUAUUUUAAUCAAUAUACGCAACUUAAAUAUAAAGGCCAUGAAGAAUACAGUGUC